CGAAUAAGAUUACAUCCACGAGGUCAAAGGAGUAUCGAAGAGUAGAGUCUGCUUUUUGAGCUAAGAAUUGACGCCAUUAUUUGCCUGCUGUUGGAUAUUUUUCAAGCGUCAUUUGUGCCACCUAUGACAAUGUCUCGUCUGGUAUUAGCAGUUUUGUUUUUUACCACGGUGGUCGGUGUACUUGGAGUUCCCGCAGCAAAUGUAAUACCGAGCGGAUUUAUUCUAGACGUAAAGGCAGACUGUGGAAGCAGUCGAACAUUAGACAGACCUGUGCUUCAUGUUAAAACUGAUUUAAAUGUUGUAAUAAAAGCAAGUUGUUCUAAUGGAGUGAAAACCUUUUCAACUACCGAUAAAGUUAACUAUGCUUUAUCUGGAACAUUUUAUCAAGGGUCUAAAACAAGAUGUCAGUUCCAUAGACGUAGUAACAGUGAAGUGUAUACCGUCAUUGUAUAUAUAUCUUAUGGUGAAGGUGGCAGCCCAAUCCAAAAAGAACCGGAAGCUUAUUCAUUAACCUGUACAUUUGCUAGAAAGGGUUUAAAAUCCACCAAAGCUUUACUUGUACAACCUGGUUUCAAUCCACCUGUUGAAUUAAGAUCUGAGGCUGGUUCAAAAACUACAUCUGUAUUAACAUUAAAUAUUUACAAUGUACGAGAUCAAAUUAUAAUAGGUUCUAUUGUUAGAGGCUGUAGAGUGUAUUUAGCUGCUACAACAAACGGUAAAAAUAGUGAAGUAGGACUACGCCCAGUAUCGUGUGAUGCUAUCAGUGCUACUUCAGGAAAACGACUUCCUAUUCUACGAGCAGGAUGCAGUACAAAAGCCUUGUGGCCUGCCUUGACAGGUUUUACAACUCUCGGAAGAAGAGUUCGCAGUCCUUACUUUGAAAUGAUUCAAAUAGAAGAUGACCAAAAGAUUAGUUUUGAAUGUGUUUUUACACUUUGUAAAACUAGCUGUAAUGGAAGUUCGUGUGCAGGCUCUCGACCAAAACGAUCAAGUGGAGAGGAAGAUACCGAGGAAGUUGUCAGAUCAGAAGUUCUGACAGUCCAGUAAUAAAAUGUCUGCCAAUAAAA